AGAAGUCCAGCCCCUUUCCCGUUCGUUUCCUUUUCUCCUCCGCGUCUCUUCUUCUCUCUUCCAAAACACGCGUCUCUCUCUCUCUCUCAAAACCCUCUCUUUCUCGGAAGAUCAGACGCCAACCGACGGUUGAUCUCUCUCUUCUUCCAUUUCUAGAGGGAUUCUCUUCGAACAUCUACAAUCAUGAGUUUCGUCUUUCGAGGGACUAGAGCAGAUCUUGAAAGCGGGCUUCCCGGGUUUAUUCCGGAAAGGCGUUCAGUGCGAAUGCAUGCUGGAGGUCGGCCAGUCAAUACCAACUCGUUGGCCUUUCUUGUCACAGUUCUUCUACUGUUCAUGAUAUUAAACUCGCAUCAGAUGUCACCAAAUUUUCUGCUCUGGCUAGUUUUGGGUGUCUUUUUAAUGGCUACUAGCCUUAGGAUGUAUGCAACCUGUCAACAACUUCAAGCACAGGCCCAAGCCCAUGCUGCAGCUGCCAGUGGCCUGCUUGGUCACACCGAAUUUCGGCUUCAUAUGCCUCCUUCCAUUGCAUUUGCAACAAGAGGGCGACUGCAUGGCCUCAGACUCCAGCUUGCUCUUCUUGACCGUGAAUUUGAUGACCUAGACUAUGAUGCGUUAAGAGCACUUGAUUCGGAUAAUAAUCCUAGUGCUCCUUCAAUGAGUGAGGAAGACAUUAAUGCUCUGCCUGUUCACAAAUACAAAGUUCAGUCUCACCAUGCAUCUCCGUCUGGUCCACCAAGUGAAGGCUCAUCGCUGCAGCAGGCAUCAUCUUCUGCAACCAUGACUGAGAAAAAACAACCAGAUGGAGCUACAAAAGCCCCAGAAGACGAACUGACAUGCAGCGUCUGCUUGGAGCAAGUCAGCAUGGGAGAACUUAUACGUAGCUUGCCAUGCUUGCAUCAGUUUCACGCCAAUUGCAUAGAUCCAUGGCUGCGGCAACAGGGCACAUGCCCCGUCUGUAAAUUUAGAGCAGGCUCGGGGUGGCAAGAAAGCGGGGAGAGUGGAAUGGCGAGUUCUUUCAUCGUCUAAGCACCCAUUCCAUACCCAAUGCCCUGGGUUUCACUAAACGAUCUGCCCUGUGGUCCCUUCGAAUUGUAACCAUGAUUGGUUCCGCCCUGUAUUUAAUCAAUACAUACACGUAGAUCGUUGUCACUGGCUAGUUUGACAUGUAUAUCCAGGAGUUGUGUUGAGUAUCUAAAAACUUAUUGACUGAAGAAGAAAUAGAUUUUUCUA